AUGAAUCCGCAGGACCGAAAGGAGCGGCUCACAGUUCCAAAGCCGAAAGACGUCAUAUUCGAAAAGGACUCCAGCCAGCCAGCCAUCAACUUUGAUGCCUAUGAACAUAUCCCGGUGAAGGUGACCGGAGACAAGGCGCCCCAGCCAAUCACGACUUUCAGCGGCGCAGAUCUGGAGAAGAGCGUGGCUGCGAACGUGGUGCGCUGCCGCUACAAGAAGCCGACGCCUGUGCAGAAGUACGCGAUCCCCAUCGGCCUGGCUGGGCGAGACCUGAUGGCCUGCGCGCAGACCGGCUCCGGCAAGACAGCUGCCUUCUGCUUCCCCAUCAUCUCCCUCAUUCUCAACUCAGAAGAUUUCGCGGCGACCAAGUCAGGAUACAGCAGGAGGGUGUACCCCAAGGCGCUCAUCAUGGGCCCCACGCGCGAGCUGACCAACCAGAUCUAUGAGGAGUCCCGCAAGUUCACCUACCAGACGGGCCUGCGCCCAGUCGUUGUCUAUGGCGGUGCCCCCGUUCUCGACCAGAUCCGCCAGCUGGAGCGCGGCGUAGACAUCCUGGUUGCAACACCGGGGCGGCUGUCAAGCUUCAUAGAGCGGGGCCGCGUCUCGCUAUCGCGCACCAAGUACCUGGUGCUGGACGAGGCAGACCGCAUGCUGGACAUGGGAUUCGAGCCGCAGAUACGCUCCAUCGUGGAUGCCACGGACAUGCCCAAGCCAGGAUCGCGGCAGACGCUGAUGUUCAGCGCAACCUUCCCCAAGGAGAUCCAGGAGCUGGCGGCCGACUUCAUGUCCAACUACCUGUUCCUGGCCGUAGGCCGCGUGGGCUCCUCCACCAACCUCAUCAUCCAGCACUUUGAGGAGGUCGAGCCCGGCGACAAGCAGAAGCUGCUCGUUAGCCUUGUCCGCGCUGUGCCGGGUUUGACGCUGGUGUUCGUAGAGACAAAGGUGUGGGCUGACAGGCUGGAGCACUUCCUCGUCCAGAACAAGUUUCCCGCCACCACCAUCCACGGCGACCUUUCCCAGGAGGAGCGCGAAUAUUCGCUGGAGCAGUUCCGCUGCGGAGCCAAGCCGAUCCUGGUGGCGACCGAUGUGGCCUCGCGCGGCCUGGACAUUCCCCACGUGACGCAUGUCAUCAAUUAUGAUCUGCCGCGCGACAUCGAGUCGUACGUCCACCGCAUCGGCCGCACGGGCCGCGCCGGCAAGAAGGGCAUUACGACCGCCUUCUUCAGCCCCGGCAAGGACAGCAACCUCGCCCAGGCCCUCGUCGACCUGCUCAAGGAGACCAAUCAGGAGGUGCCAGAGUUCCUGGUGGAGGAGGCCAAGGCGGCCGGCCCGUACUCGACGCCACCGGCCCGCCGCGGCUUUGGGGGCCGCGACGUCCGCGAGGGCCACAGCCGCGGCGGCGGCGAAUUUGUGAUAUCAGGAGACUAUGGGCGUGGCGGCGACACUGGCUAUGGCGGCGGCGACGCAUAUGAUUGA